AUAGGGUGGGGAUAGCGGCGGGGCGAGGACGGAAGGGGGGGAGUCUCGUUUCUCACUUUUCGAAGCCGGAACCGCGAAAAUCGCGCAAUGUUGUCCGUUCCGUCUCUCGAAGAUGUCUCCUUGGCCCCGUUUGACGCGAAUCGACCGUGAAACGAGAUCGCCCGCUUGAUUUUUAUCCUCGAUGAUGAUUCUUGCUCGGAGGCGAGAAUGUUAAAUAUCGCCUGUAUCGACGCUUUUUCUAGAGAGAUACUUCCCACGCAGUUGCGGCUGUUCAUUCAUGUUUGGAGAACAUGGAGUUGUGACGUGCGAACGGUGAACUUCGUGCAUACGUUUGUUGCUUUCUCGAAACUAACCUAAAAGGCCGCUUACGUCGCGAUCAUACGAGAGGCGGAUUCCUGUAUGUACAAGCAAGUAUAAUUAUGAACUACUUCACUGUUCUACGAUUUAAACAAAGGUCUGCAGUUUGGAACAAAGGUUUGAUAGAGCAAUGUUUAAAGCAGUAUCUGAUGUGCCAAGGCAGACUCUGUGUCAUAGAAAGUGAAAAUCGUUAUAGACAUUGUAUCGCAAAGGAGCGAGCAAUUCGAAGAAAAACAUGGCGAACACGUAUAUUGCAGGAUAUUAAACAUACGAGGAGGAAAGUAGAAGAAAUUAUUGAAAAGGAAAAUAUCUGGACGAUUCCCAAUCUACUUUGCAUGGGUCGUAUAGUGACAUCGCCAUUUUUAAGUUAUUUGAUUUUAUCGCAAGAUUAUCAGAUAGCGCUAUGGCUGCUUGCAUUUGCAGGAGUCAGUGAUUUGGCAGAUGGAUGGAUUGCUCGUACUUGGACAUCACAAGCUUCUAAACUUGGAAGCUUCUUGGAUCCAGUGGCGGAUAAGCUGCUUGUAGGGACACUAUUUCUGUCUUUAGCAUGGGUCGGUUUGAUACCAGUUCCACUUACUUGUCUUGUUGUCACACGUGAUAUUGCAUUAGUGACUGCUGCAUCUUACAUUAGAUAUCGUUCCCUGCCUCCACCAAAAACCUUAGCAAGGUAUUUUGAUCCCACACAUGCUACUGUACAAUUAGCUCCAACCUUGGCAAGCAAGCUAAAUACCGGGGUGCAAUUGUCUUUGGUUGCUGGAACAUUGGCUGCUCCUAUUUACCAUUUUGUAGAUCAUCCAAUCUUACAAUACCUCUGUUACAUAACAGCGUUCACGACUGUUGCAGGAGGUAUCAGUUAUCUGUUGUCAAAAGACACAUAUAAAUUGUUGAGAAGGAGGAAGAAGAAUACUCCUUGAAACUAGACUGUACAUUAUUGAUAUAUACAAUGUUGUAAAUUAUGUAUGUAAGAAAUUGUUUUCAUUACACGAUGCAUAUUACCCUUUUAUAUUAUAUCUGCUAUAGUCUGUACAA